AUGUAUUUGUUCGUAUUAUUCUCCGUACUUGUCUCUGUGGACAUUGCAUCUGCGUUGAACCUGCCAUUUCCAUGGCCAUUCUGCGAGUCUACUACGACGUUUACUCUGUCUGGAGACUAUACUGUUACUAGGACUGAGAGAGUGACCACGGGUACUACCACAGUCACCAAGACUGGUUUACCAAGUGUCUCAAUCGACACCGUAUCCGUUACAAGGUAUACGCCUACAGCUAUUGACUGCUUACCUACUGGAACAACCAUCAGGCCGUAUCCAUUUCCCGGAUUACCGUUGGCAAAGCGUGAUGUAGCUCCUGCAACUAUUACAGGUUGUAGCCCAGUGACCAUUGUGCCACCUACAAUCACGGGAUUCCCAUGCACAGAAGUCAUAGGUUCUUUUGAAAUAGUAACCGAUACCGAGACAAUCACCACCAGCGGCACCGCUACAACGACUGUCACACCUACCAUAGUCCAGACCGUCACCGAAACAUGGGUCCUCCCCACACCAAGUGUCUAUAGAGGUGUAAACUAUUACCAAUAUCUGAACGACUACUUCUACCCCGACGGAGACCAAGGCUGCCUAACCUGUGGUUACGGCGGCGGAGGCUACGAUACCGCAGACUGGAACGGCAAUUACAGCUACUACACCAACGGCACAACUCAACAGAUCAACUUCGAGUCCGAGAAUUACCCAAGCUAUUCGACCAUAUUGUGCCAACUACCAGGUCAAGCCGCUGCAACCGAUUGCUCACAAUGGACCGUCGUGUUCCAGGGCUAUCUCCAUGCCACACAAACCGGAAAUUAUACCCUAGCCCCGUACCUGGGUGAAGACAACGCGCUCUUCUUCUGGGGUGGGGAAAAGGCGUAUAGUAGCUAUGAGAAUAAUAACACCGAUGGCGGAGUUAGUUAUACUCAACCGGCUGGCCUUCCGCAUACGUUUGAUUAUGAGAUGGUGGCUGGCGAAUAUUUGCCGAUCACGUUUAUUUAUGCAAAUGGGUACGGGCCGGCGUUGAAUAGGUUAACGAUUACGAGUCCGAAUGGUACGACCUAUCCGGAUGAUUUGGACUUUUUUGUGCCGCCGUGCCCUAACAGUCGGUUCGUGCCAUAG